CUAGCUUCCGGGGCCCCGCUCCCCGCCCCCCGCGGUAUGUCUUGAUCCCGAGCAGCGGGUUUCAUGGGGCUCCUUAGGAUUAUGAUGCCGCCCAAGUUGCAGCUGCUGGCGGUGGUGGCCUUCGUAGUGGGGAUGCUCUUCUUGGAGAACCAAAUCCAGAAAUUGGAGGAGUCCCGAUUGAAGCUAGAAAGGGCUAUUGCAAGACAUGAAGUUCGAGAAAUUGAGCAGCGACAUACAAUGGAUGGUCCUCGGCAAGAGGCAGCGCUGGAUGAGGAAGAGGACAUGGUGAUCAUUUAUAACAGAGUCCCCAAAACUGCAAGCACCUCCUUUACCAAUAUUGCCUAUGACCUGUGUGCAAAGAAUAAAUACCAUGUUCUUCACAUCAACACUACCAAAAAUAAUCCAGUGAUGUCACUACAAGACCAGGUACGCUUUGUAAAGAAUAUAACCUCCUGGAAAGAGAUGAAACCAGGGUUUUAUCAUGGACAUGUUUCUUAUUUGGAUUUUGCAAAAUUUGGUGUGAAGAAGAAACCAAUUUACAUUAAUGUCAUAAGGGAUCCUAUCGAGAGGCUAGUAUCUUACUAUUACUUUCUGAGAUUUGGAGAUGAUUAUAGACCAGGGUUAAGAAGACGAAAACAAGGAGACAAAAAGACCUUUGAUGAAUGUGUAGCCGAGGGCGGCUCAGACUGUGCUCCGGAGAAGCUCUGGCUUCAAAUCCCAUUCUUCUGUGGCCACAGCUCCGAAUGCUGGAAUGUGGGAAGCAGGUGGGCUAUGGAUCAAGCCAAGUAUAACCUAAUUAAUGAAUACUUUCUGGUGGGAGUUACUGAAGAGCUUGAAGAUUUUAUCAUGUUGCUGGAAGCGGCUUUGCCCCGGUUCUUCAGGGGCGCUACAGAACUCUACCGAACAGUAGGAAAGAAAUCUCAUCUUAGGAAAACCACGGAGAAGAAACUCCCAACUAAACAAACCAUUGCAAAACUGCAGCAGUCUGACAUUUGGAAAAUGGAGAAUGAGUUCUAUGAAUUUGCUCUGGAGCAGUUCCAGUUCAUCAGAGCCCACGCUGUACGGGAAAAAGACGGAGACCUCUACAUCCUCGCACAAAACUUUUUCUAUGAAAAGAUUUACCCUAAAUCGAACUGAGUACAAGGUGUGACUCUUAGGUUCUUGAACUAAAACUUUGACCCUGUCUUCACCUUCGUUCUCGGCCCCACAAGUCAGGUUGCUGAUUGGUGUGUAAGACCGUGUGUAUUGAGCCAAGUUAGGGAACAGUAACACCGAGGAGGUAGAUGCUGGCUGGUAAGUUUCAGUGGCCUAAGAGGUUUCAGUUUCGGCCUUUUUUUCUUCUUCCUUUUUUUUUCUUUUUUUCUUUUUUCCUGGUUAAAUUUUGGUGGGAGUUAUAAUCUCCUGCUUGGAAAAAGCCUACACAUCACCUAAAAUAAACACAUAGCAGGUCUAAUUGGAGGCUAAAUACAAUUUUAAACACAAGUUCUGAUACUGUCUUUUUGAUAAAGCAUUUUUUUUCCAGCUAACCAUGAGUGAAGAUGAAUCCAUUUGCUACUUCCGCCCUCACCUGGAGGUUUGGGUUAUACACCUCUACUGAAUAGUGUUAUUAACUGUUUGGCAGUGUGUGUUUUGUUUUUGUGAAUCAUGUCUCAUGAAAUUCAUUGGAAUGUUUGAUCCUAUUUGCUAAGAAUGUUUCUGCUGUAGUUGGAAUUGCCCACAUUUAUGUAGGUCGGUUUAAUAUUCUUUAAAAAAGAAAAACUGAUCAUUAGUGUUAAAAACCAAUUUUAAAAGAGUCAAAGCAGUAUUUCUCAUUCCCGUCUCCCCAGUAUCUAAGAUUGGGGAGAUACUUCAAAGAAUGUUGACAUUGUCAGGAGUUUUAAUUAAGGC